UUUAGUUAUGAUUACAGUUAUUAUUGUGUUUUAAGAAGCCCUGCGCUUUGUCUUUGUCUUAUUCUUUCAGGAAUUUGAUCGCUAUAUACGCUUUUCGAUGAAUAAUAUUUGCCCGGCUGCUCUAUUUCUGUGUGCGCCUGCUCCGUUGCCAUGGUGAGGAGUACUGCAACAAGUGCCGAGACCUCGGCGUCAUCAGCGUGCGUGAAAACACUCAACUGAUAAACAACAGGGGACGGAGGUAAAUAGAUUACCGUCUCUUCUUUAGCCUAAAUGCAGCUGGUUGCAGCGACGUUAAGAUUACCUGCAAGUUAUUCGUGACUAAACAGAUGUGUGAGGGACCUUCGUCUAUAUCUGGGCCAAUUCCCCCGGAUCCUUCUCUGUUUCCCCAGUACUACAAGCGACCAGCUUCAGCUCGGGGUCGUUUAGAGGGAAACCAUGAUGGAACUUUGGCCCUGCUUUCAGGGCCCCUUGCUCCAGAUCCUGUGUUGUACCCAGGUUGCUACAGUGCUCGUACCCCAGCACAACACCCCCGCAUCAGCCCCAAUGCUACCCAUAUCCUGGAACGAGGUCGGAAAGGGAUUGUAGGGGAAUUACUAAAAAUAGACAGUGUUUCUAUCUCUCCUGUUCCAAAACAGAAACAGCGAGUGAUGCAUGAUUUUGGUAAAGAGAAUGUCCGUCGACUGCGAGAGAUCCAGAAACGCUGCAAAGAGCAGGAGGCUGGGAGGGCACAAUCACGCGCUGUUCCAGUUAAAGCUCUUUGGACCACCUCAAAAUACCAGAAUGUCCCAUCCAAGGUGAUGGCUCAGCUGCAGGUUUCCAGUCCAAGUGUUAAGCCACAGUGUCAAAACUUUCUGAAGGCGCAUUCCUGUGGUGGGUCUGCUUCCCCACAGAGGCCACAGUCCAAAACUUCACGUGUAGCUGAGCAGCGUCGGGCCUCCUGCAACUCUACACAGGACCUGGACUUGCAAUUACAGGUUCAAGGUCAGACAAUAGACUUCAUAAAACAUAAUGCCCGGACUGCAGGAAAAACUGUGCUUCGGAGGUCCCAGUCACUGACAAACCUCAGAGAUAAGCCUGUACCCAGUGCAGUCAAGGGCCAGGUUCCUCAAUACCUUCAGGAAAGGAAGGAGCAGUGGCGUAAAGAGAAAGAAGAAAGGAGGAGGAAUGCUCCUGAUCCUACGAUCCCAGCUGGACACACGUUGAUGCCUGAGAAUAAGAGACAGGAGACUCUGAAGUCCUUAAAAGAAACCCACCGCUCCCUGGUGACGGAGCUGCUCUCCCUGCCUCUCAAAGCUGACAAUCUGAGUAUUCGCUCACGCCGGGCCCAACUUGACUGUAGGCUUUCUGAAAUUGAAGAAGCCAUAAAAAUUUUCUCCAGGGACAGAGUUUUUGUAAAAAUAGAUUCUUAACACACGAGGAAAAGGAGGGAAGGAAGUGGCUAAGUAAAUGUAUUGCUUUAUUGAGAUUAACUUUCAUUUUUUAGUUGCAUUAGAUAACAUUACGCUGUUUGUUGUGAAAUUAUUUUUAAAAUGUGAAUAAAUCAUUUUGUAAGCUUAUUACAAAAUACAAAAGAGCAUCUUUAGGCAUCAUUUGCUGAGAUGUGAUUUCUUUGGUAUGGAUGUGCUAAUGAUUUAUAAUAAAGAACAUUUUUGUGAA